AUGGGUGGCGGCAUGCGGGCAGUGAGGAAAGGAGAAGGAAGUAGGAAGAAAGAGAAGGAACGGCCAGAAAUUUCUCCUCCUUCUGAUUUUGAGCACACCAUCCAUGUUGGCUUUGAUGCUGUUACUGGAGAAUUCACUGGCAUGCCAGAACAGUGGGCUCGAUUAUUACAGACUUCCAAUAUCACCAAACUAGAGCAAAAGAAGAAUCCUCAGGCUGUGCUGGAUGUCUUAAAGUUCUAUGACUCCAACACAGUGAAGCAGAAAUAUCUGAGCUUUACUCCUCCAGAGAAAGAUGGCUUCGCUUCUGGAACACCAGCAUUGAAUACCAAGGGAUCAGAAACAUCAGCAGUAGUAGCAGAGGAAGAUGAUGAUGAUGAAGAGGCUGCUCCUCCUGUGAUUGCCCCACGACCUGAUCAUACAAAAUCAAUUUAUACACGGUCUGUAAUUGACCCUAUUCCUGCACCAGUUGGUGAUUCUAAUGUUGAUGGUGGUGCCAAGUCUUCUGACAAACAGAAAAAGAAGACCAAAAUGACAGAUGAAGAAAUUAUGGAGAAAUUAAGAACUAUUGUGAGCAUAGGUGACCCUAAGAAAAAAUAUACAAGAUACGAAAAAAUUGGGCAGGGGGCUUCUGGUACAGUUUUCACUGCUACUGAUGUGGCAUUGGGACAGGAGGUUGCUAUCAAACAGAUUAAUUUACAGAAACAGCCAAAGAAGGAAUUGAUCAUUAAUGAGAUUCUGGUGAUGAAAGAAUUAAAGAAUCCCAACAUAGUUAACUUCUUGGACAGUUUCCUGGUGGGAGACGAAUUGUUUGUAGUGAUGGAGUACCUUGCUGGGGGAUCACUUACUGAUGUUGUAACAGAAACCUGCAUGGAUGAGGCUCAGAUUGCUGCUGUGUGCAGAGAGUGUUUACAGGCAUUGGAGUUUUUACAUGCUAAUCAAGUGAUCCACAGAGACAUCAAAAGUGACAAUGUGCUUUUGGGGAUGGAAGGAUCAGUUAAACUUACUGACUUUGGUUUCUGUGCCCAGAUCACCCCUGAGCAGAGCAAGCGAAGUACCAUGGUUGGCACACCAUACUGGAUGGCACCGGAGGUGGUUACACGGAAAGCUUAUGGCCCUAAGGUGGACAUAUGGUCUCUGGGUAUCAUGGCUAUUGAAAUGGUAGAAGGAGAGCCUCCAUACCUCAAUGAAAAUCCCUUGAGGGCCUUGUACCUGAUAGCAACUAAUGGAACUCCAGAACUUCAGAACCCAGAGAAACUUUCCCCAAUAUUUCGGGAUUUCUUAAAUCGAUGUUUGGAGAUGGAUGUGGAGAAAAGGGGGUCAGCCAAAGAAUUGUUACAGCAUCCCUUCCUGAAACUGGCCAAACCAUUAUCUAGCUUGACACCACUGAUUAUGGCAGCUAAAGAAGCAAUGAAGAGUAAUCGUUAACAUCAUUGCCGUGGCCUCAUAUUCUUUAUCCAUUUUCUAAAAGAAGUCUUUUAAUAUAUGAAAAUUAUACUC